CAAUUGCUCCUUCUCCCACUUGCGACGACCUCACCUCCCGCCGACACUACCACUCAAAAACCACCCAAAACCACCCCCCCAAACAGCCAAAAUGGAGAACGACCGCGGCGAGAUUGUGGACCUUUACGUCCCCCGCAAGUGCAGCGCCACCAACCGCAUCAUCAAGGCCAAGGAUCACGGCUCUGUCCAGAUCUCCAUCGCCAAGGUUGACGAGAACGGCCGUGCCAUCCAGGGCGAGAACCACGUCUACGCCCUCUGCGGUUUCGUCCGAGCCAUGGGCGAGAGCGACGACUCCCUCAACCGACUGGCCCAGCGUGACGGCCUCCUCAAGAGCGUCUGGAGCGGACAGCGAUAAAUCAACAAAGUGUGGGAAAAAGUUACUCGACAUCUGGUUCUGAGAAUCCUCGAAAAGGAAUUCUGAUACGAAUGGACCACAGGGUUUUGGGUUCGGGCACGAAGGCAAUGGGUGAAAGAAACUAGGGUUGGCUGCAUCUAGCAAAUCCACUUCGAGGCGUUCGGCUCGAUUUUGAGACAACAUUACGAUAUCCCGAAUCCGUGUUUGAAGAUGUGAUGAACUGGUUACAAUCCCCCGAUACGGCUGGCAAAGUCUCCUAGGACAGACCUUACAAGUCAACCUACUCCGAGGAUUCUGGGGCUACUCUGAUAGUCUCCGUGCCGCAGAUUGAUUAGGCUCUGAAAAAGCCGUAGCGCUCAAGUCGUUUGCUAUGGUACAGAUACGGGUCUAACAUGAAUUUUCAGUUAUGUGAUUAUCUUGAGCAUGUGCAAUUGCUAUUAACUUGACAUCAUUCUCCCAGGUCGUCACAUGCAGCCACUACGUAGAUGCCAGUCCCUCCGGACCACUUGCUAUUAUUGUUUUCGCCCAUUCUACUAAUCAUACGAAAUACUCUGGAUGAAAAAGGCGCUCAAAGAUAAAUAUGUGUAAUCCAAUUGA